GUGUAAAUUGGCACUUCAAAUUCAAACUAAAAACUGAAAAUUUCUUUUAAGGAGUGCAUAGAUUUUUAAGAUUUUGCUGCAAUGGGUGCUAGCAACAGCAAGCCGCAUACUGUGGAAAUGGAGAAUACAAUGCCAUUUCAAAUUAGUCAAGAUGUUGCUGCCCGCAUUAAUAAAGCAACCAAAAUGAAUGAAGCAGAGAACUCGGCAACAACUGCAGCACCCAUCAAAUCAACGGUAACUCAUAGCCUGGGAUCUGGUCAACAUUACUGUGAGAAUUGCAGCCGCACUACCACAAAUAUUUCGGCAUCCAUGGGAACUGGAAUAGAGGCAUGCGUUGCCGGCCCUUAUUCUAGGUCCAGUGCAGAUGCAGCUGUAGAUCCUUCUGCAUGUGCAUCGAAACCCAAUCAAACAGUUGCUCCAGUCGCUCUGGUUGCCUGGCAGAAGCAAUCAAUUGAAAUCGAAGAAUCACAAUUUGACCAGACUCUGGAUCGUAUUAACAAGCUCUUCGGGGAGCCAGUCAAGUGGGCCCAAGAAUGCAGCGGUGACAUAUCGGAUAUGGAGAAGCGUUUGGCCGUAUGUUAUCGUGACUAUCCACAUGAGCCACUCCAAUGUGCGAAAUUGGCCGAACAAUAUCAUAGCUUCGUUUUCAACAAGCAACUUGACGUAAUGACCAAAUCUGGAACUGUAGACAAAGAUGCCAAGUCCAAGGAAUCAACUUCGGCAGGUGAACCUGGACCUAGAGGAUAAUAUAAUAUAUAAAUUACCCUAUUGCCCCAUAUAUUUAUUUUUUUAUAUAAAUAUAACUACCGAAAGAAAGCAUCAAGAAACCGUUAAAUUAAAAUUCACUCUGCUGUUUUCAAUUUAAA